CAAAAAUUCAAUUUCUUUCAGUGUUCAUUCUUAUUUUUUAUUUUUUAUUUUUUGAUGCUAUGUUUACUUCCCCCCUUCCGCCUUGGUCUAACGCCUUAUCUUUCCCUAUUAGUCCGCCUUUGUUUCAGUUUCAUACUCAUUAUUGUUUUUCUUCAAUUUUUCGCCUUCGCUUCGUGUUCACUUUGUUCGCCGUUUUCUUCUUUUUCUUUUUUCUUGUUUGCCUCAUGGAAAAGCGGCAAAUUUGUUGUUGAUCCCAAUAUGACGACCUCCCAUUGCCUCAUAGCCUGUGCCUUUCCUUUCUUGUUGAGGUCUAGUGUCGCCGGGGCAUCGUGCUCUCCUAGUUCCGUCUCUGAUUGUGGUUAGAUAAGGAUUCUAUGCAUUACUAGCGAUCGUCUUGCUGUGCUGUUCUAUUUUUACCCCUGUUUCUUCUCAUCACUUUUUUUUUCUUUCUGCCUACGUAUUCCGUUUCAUGUUUUCUUUUUCUUGUUUCUUUCGUUGCCGCUUUUUCUUGCUUUCU